UAUGCGUACAUCGUGAAGUACAUAGGACACCCUGGAAAACUGUGCGUGGUAUAUUAUAUUCACAAAGGAAGAAUCGGACACAACUGACCAUUAAAAUGGCAGCCAGUGAAUAUGCAGCUCGUUUAUCAGGUUAUUUAAAUGGCGCUGCAGCAUGUUUAGCUUUGUCUAUAACACGAGAAUCUGGAUUAUUAAAGGUUUUUAUUGAGCCACAUGAACCUAUGACAAUUCCACAGAUAGCUUCUAAAACUAAUCUUAAAGAACGGUAUAUAAAAGAGUUAUUGGGUUGCCUAGUUGCAUCGAGUAUAAUAGAAAUUGAUGAAGCAUCAAUCAAAUAUUUUUUACCAGAUGAACUCCGAUCAACUCUGGUUCGCGUGAUGAAUUUCCAAGCGUUGAUAGAUUUUGCUAUACAACGUAAAGAAGAUGUUAAAACCUGUCUGAAAAUGGAUGGACCAAAGGGAUAUUCUGGACAAUCGUUUCCCAGAUUUGGAGAAAUCCUCAGCAAUAUGUUAUGUUUUGAUCUAGACGCAGUUAUUGAGGACGAAAUCUUUUCUCGUACUCCUGAGGUUAAACAGAAAUUGGAGAAUGGAAUAGAUUUUGCGGAGUUUGGUUGUGGAUUGGGUCCAGUAAUUCUAGAACUAGCCAGUAGAUAUCCUAACAGUAGAUUUAUAGCAAGUGAUUACUCACCGCAAGCCAUGGCGACCGUCGCUAAAACUAUUGAAGACAAGGGUUUGAAGAACAUCAAGGCCCAGCAAGCUGAUCUUUAUCAACUCCCGGACGAAUGGGUGGGGAAGUUUGAUGUGGUUUAUAUCCGUGAUUGCUUACAUGAUAUGGGCAGUCCAUCGAAAGGUGCAAAGGGAUUGGUCAAGGUUCUGAAAGAUGAUGGAGUCCUUUUAAUUGUUGAAAUAGUAAUCAAGGGAGAUAACCACCGUGAGAAUAAGGAGGAUCCCAUGGCAACAAAGUGUUUCAUACCCAGUACUACCGUGUGUGUUCCAGAAAGUUUAAAAUUUCAAAACAGAAUAUUAUCUCUAUAAGAUGCAGAUCUGAAAAAAAUGAAAUGAAAUGAAAUGGGGUUUAACGUCCUACUGUUCUGCUCCUAAACUGGGCUAAUGAAGACGGGCAUACGCCAUGCAGUGUGCUAUGAGGGAAAUUUUGCCCGGGCAGCGGCGCUACGGCCUACUCUUAUAUCGACUUCCAACUGCCAAGGGAUCUUUUACGUGCACUCCAAUGUGUACACGGGACCUCGGUUUUUCGUCCCACCCGAAAGACUAGACAGCUGUCCUUGUCAGGCCCUCCGUCAUGCAUCACUGACAAGGGGAAACAACGCCAGAAAAUCUGGAUGGACUUUCUCGGCCAAUGCAGGGAUCGAACAUCCGACCUCCAGGCUACCGAGCCAGCGUCUUACCCACUUAGUCAUCUGAUCCCCCUGUGCAGAUCUUUGUUUUUGGUCCCAAAUGUUAUAUAAAUCAUUAAUUAGACAUUUAUUUACUUAAAUCAGUUCAUAAUCAACUCUCUAGAUCAUCGAAUGGUUUUGAUUUUCAACGGAUUUAAACACGAUUGACAGCUAAUAAUUUAAUUAUAAAAUGGAUAAUCGAGAUUUUGUUUAUUAUUGUAACAACGGUAGCAAUGUUAAUCAAGACUACACUGGUCUUCAUACACAAUAACUCUACUCAUAGUGAAGUAAUUUGCCUGAAAUAUUCACCAUAUUCACAUUUCAUUAUAUAUUUUUAAACUAUUAUAAAUAAAAUAAAACCAAGUACGAACAAUCCAAACCAUAAGACAGAAUUCGAAGUCCUAAAAAACGUUAUAGGCAAAAUAGUGUAUUCAAGCAAAAUAGUGUAAUCGGCAAAUGGACUGCUCCUCGUGUACAAAAUACACGACAAACAAUGGUAACAGGGGUUAGGGUACUGUCAGCUCUUUAUCUAAAUCUUAUCUUAAUUUGAAUAUAUGCAGGCGUCGUUAAGAACAUUUGAGCCUGGAUCUCCACGCUCGUCCUUACUAUACCAACAUGCGGAUAAUUGUACUCUAACUUUAGCAGAUUAGGGGGGUUGGACGGCCGAAUGGUUAGCACGUGCGUGCUGUAUCAUAAGGUCUGUCAUUGAGUCAACUGGCGUGUUUUCAAUUCCCCGGUAGUACGUAACAAGGAGUAGGGUCGCCUGUCCAACCUCGUGGGUUUUUUUCCAGGUCUUCCGGUUUCCUCCAACUGAUAAAGACACCUCAGCGCAAGCGAAUUAUUGAAAUAAAAUCAAACCAUAGUAAUGUGGACGUCGGGUGGACGUUAAACUCUCUCUCUCUCUCCCCUCUCUCUCUCUCUCUCUCUCUCUCUCUCUCUCAAGGUGGCCUAAAUAACCCAGACAAACGGCCUUUAGACUCUUUUACCUUAAAGCGGAAAUUGCAAAUUUUUAAGUUAUAUUUUUAAAAUUUAUUAAAAUAAAGCCUGAAUAUAAAUGAUAUCCAUAAACAGUCCUACCUUGUUAAAGAAUAAUCCUAUUAAUCCUAUAAUUCACUAUUGCCAGCUGAGAAAUUGGCAAAAAUAUCAUUUUCCUCUUCAUUUUCAAACGUUUGAAUAUCGCUACUCCAUGGUGGAGAAUAGAAAACAAGGGGGGUAAUUGGGAGGUAAUUGUGUUAUUAUUUCCUGUGUAAAUGAAUCUUAAGUGUGAGAAUGACACCUAUAAUCGUAUAAUUGUGAGUUGACAACCUAUUGAGCAAAAGACAUAGAAAUAAUUACGUUUUGACUUUCUUAGAAAAUUUGCAAUUUCCGCUUUAAGAUGUUUUGCAUUAACUCUGUGUUAAGUAAAAGCCACGUUUGAUACAUAUCUCUUCAUUGUAAAUUAUAUAUUUUAUAUUAUUUUCUUUUUUAAAAAAAGGGAAAAAAAAGGGUUUUAACUCUACUUACACAAUUUUGAAAUUUUUAAGCUAAAAUGCAAAAGACCAAAAACAAGAUUUUAUAUUGUAAAUAAAUUAAUGAGUAAUUAAUGAUUCUAUCGUAAUUGUAAUUGUAUUAAUGUCUUUCUGGGAAUAAAUAUUACUAAAAAAAACAAA